AUGCUUGGGUUUUCGGAUAUUGGACGAGGACGUGUUACUUGCAUCGUUGGGCCGAUGUUCAGUGGAAAAACGACUGAACUGAUUCGUAUGCACGAUCGCUACAGAAUCGCAGGCAAGAAGUGUAUUCUUGUAAAGUACGCCGGUGACACUCGAUAUGAUCCAGAGCUAAUCGUCACCCACAAAAGGUUAGCUGAAUAG